AUGAGCCAAGUUGUUACCAGAAUGAGGGGCACACCUGGAUAUUUAGCUCCUGAAUGGUUGACAUCACAGAUCACGGAAAAGGCCGAUAUCUACAGCUUCGGCGUCGUGGUCAUGGAAAUCAUCAGUGGAAGAAAGAACCUCGACACUUCCCGGUCAGAAGAGAGCAUCCAUCUCAUAAGCCUAUUGGAGGAAAAGGUAAACAGUGAUCGGUUGGUAGAUUUGAUUGACAAUAACAGCAACGACAUGCAAGCACACAAGCAAGAUGCAAUUCAGAUGAUGAUGCUUGCAAUGUGGUGCUUGCAGAUUGAUUGCAAAAAAAGGCCUAAACUGUCUGAGGUUGUAAACGUAUUGGAAGGUGUCAUGACCGCAGACCUCAACAUAGAGCAUAAUUUUGUUGUAACAACUCCAGCAAAUUUUGGUAGCACAGGAAAUGUGAGCUCUUCAGCUCCACAUCUAGCUUCAGAUGUAUCAGGCCCCAGGUGA